AUGAUCCAAAAACCGACCGAUCAUUCGUCAAGCACCGACCCUCAAAAUGGGGCCGCCAGCAAGGCGGCCUCCCCUUCGGCCACCUGGUCCCGGUUCAAGGACCCGCGAGUCGUGCGCGUGUCGAGAGCUAUAGGUGGGAAGGACCGUCACAGCAAGGUCUGCACCGUGCGCGGCCUUCGCGACAGGCGGGUGAGGCUAUCGGUCCCCACCGCCAUCCAGCUGUACGACCUUCAAGAACGGCUCGGGCUCAACCAGCCGAGCAAGGUGGUCGAUUGGCUGCUCGACGCCGCUAAGCACGAGAUCGACGAGCUUCCCCCUCUCCAAAUCCCGCCAGGGAUGAUGACGAUGAAUAAUUAUAACCCUACCGAUUUCCAACAAAUUCCGAACUUUCACGAGUCCAAACGCGGCCUUAAGGUCGAAGGAAAAUUGAACGACGAUGACAAAAUCAUGAGGCUCGACGAUGAAAACGAUAAUAAUAAUAAUACAUACAAUUCGAUGUUUCGACUCGAUGCUUCGGGUUUGACGCCGAGAGCCGGUCACUUGACCAGUCAACACGACGAUAGUUGGCAUAACUUUGGAUUGUUGCCGUUUCACGUGCCUUCUCAUCAUCAAUUUUUGGCGUACCAUCAACCGGCCGGGACUAUGAGCACGCAACCGUAUUUUCCUUCGGGAGUUGGUGUUGUGAAUGGCGAUUUUAAUGAUCCAAAAGAAGUGAACUAUCAUCAUGGUUCGAAUUUGCCGACCGUUGACUCGAGCUCGACUAGUCAACCCUCCGUGAGGUUGCUUAACUUCAACAUGACUGCGAAUCUACUCUCUUCGCACAACGAAAAUGAUGGGAGCCGAUGA